CUCGCGAGGAAGGACGCCAUUAUCGGAAUCCUCACAAACAACACGAGAAUUCAUCAUUCACACGAUUUGAAUGAUGUCAGAGCAAGAUUUGGUGGAGAUAGUUCAGAUUGCAGUGGCAGAUUUGAAUCACGAGGGUCAUCAAGCAGAAGAAGGAAAGUCAUAGGGGUCUGGAAUAACAUGAGGGUGAGUAAAUGAUGAUAGAAUUUUCAUUUCUGUCCAUACUAUUCCUUUACAUUAGAUGUCCUGGAGAAUAAUGAAGAAGCUGAUCAACCUGGGAGAAAACGAGCAAGGAUGGACAGUAAUCAAGAUACAUCAAUUAAGUCACUGCUGGUAUCCAUCAGUCAGGCUAUCUGCGAGCGACUUGACAGCAUGGAGGCUAAACUGCAGGCUCUAGAGGCCACUUGUCGAGGGUUAGUGGAGAAACUGGACAUAGUGAUGGGGAAGAAUCCAGCAACGAUCCAGGUGCCUAUGUUGGCUGGGUCCCCAUUUGGAGCCACUCAGACUUGCGACAAAGUACGCUGUGUUGUUCCCCAGACAAACGUCGUAGUAAGUGGAGAAAAGCAAAAGAUGCCACGGGAGGAAACGACGCCACGUACCUCCGACUCUUUAGAGAACUUACUGAGCAAUACUGUUGGGCGGGGAAGACAGAAAACCAUUGUGCUGAAGGUUCCAGUCCAGGAAGAGAUUCAGGAGGACCAGGAAAGCGGUUCUGAAACGAGCGAUUCGGUGUCCAACAGCGGCCAGCCGUCAUCUCAGAAUGCCAACAAUGUGACGCUCAUCACUCUGAAUUCGGAGGAGGACUACCCAACAGGUACAUGGCUGGGUGACGAAAACAAUCCAGAGAUGCGUGUGCGCUGCCCUGUGUCUCCUGCCGACAUGCUGCACAUCACUACUAACUGCCGCACAGCGGAAAAGAUGGCCCUGACACUGCUCGACUACCUUUUCCACCGCGAGGUGCAAGCCGUCUCCAACCUCUCUGGUCUGGGCAAACACGGCAAGAAACAGCUGGACCCGCUCAUGAUCUAUGGCAUUCGAUGUCAACUGUUCCACAAGUUCGCUAUUACUGAGUCGGACUGGUACCGCAUCAAGCAAAGCAUCGAUUCCAAGUGUCGCACCGCCUGGCGCCGGAAGCAAAGGGGACAAAGCCUUGCCGUCAAAAGUUUCUCCCGACGGACACCUGCCUCGCAGAACAGCUCAGAUGGAGUUUCGGCUGCAGAGACGUCACCUAUUGAGACUUCUACACAGCAGGCCUUGCACUACGCCCUGGCUGGUGCUGCACAACAAGUCCAGAUCCACCGUAUCGGAGAAGAUGGACAGGUGCAAGUAAUCCCGCAGGGACACCUCCACAUCGCUCAGGUUCCACAGGGUGAACAGGUGCAGAUCACACAGGACAGCGAGGGCAACCUACAGAUCCACCAAGUGCACGUUGGACAAGACGGACAGGUAAAUGUUCUAAGAGGACCGCAGCUCAUCGCCGUGGCGUCAGCCGAUGGGACGAGCGGCGUCGACACAUCUCCUCUACAAGCUAACGACAUUCAGGUGCAAUACGUCCAGCUUGGAGCGGUCACCGACCACACCGGCACAGUACAAGCAGAAACUCUGACUCCUGCGCUGCAGGCGGAGAUUGAUGUGAAGGAAACCAUUCAGCUCCAACAAACGGAGAACGGAGAGGUGGUCCAGAUCCAGAUGCCCGUCAACACCGUCGGCACUUGAGAUGCUCACGCAAACGUAAUCACAAAUAUUCAGAGAGAACAUGGAGCUGGUUGAAACCAAGAAAACUGGGUGCCCAAGCUCUCUAAUUCUCAAAGAAACCCCUCAUCUCCAGUCAACAAUUAUUGGCAAAAUCCAAGUAAAGCAAAUGUGAUUUUUUUUUGUAAUGUGACAGCUCUUUUGGAAACUACUUGCAGUACCCCACCCAUUACUGUAAUAGCAGCUACUCUGCUAUAUGCAAUGUUUGCUUCAUUGCUGGCUGAUCAAAUCUCUCUGGCUCUUGUCAUAGUGUGAAGCAACAUGGAACAAAAAGACUUUUUCCUUUUUGGCCAUCUUUGCAGUACCUCUUAAGCAAAGAACAAGCAUGCUCAACUAGAUAUUCGAGCAGACUGUCAAACUGUCGGGGUUUAAACUGAUCAUGUAAAGUCCAAUUUCUAUAAACUCUCCUUGUGUCAUUUUUCUAGUACAAGCAUCUUUUGUCAGAUAUGCUUUGAUUAAUAACCCUAGAUUUUUCAGUUCUCCUUUUGUUUUUUUGUUUUUUUUGUGUGUGUGUAUGUGUUGGUGUGGUGUUUGGGGAAUAUUUAUGGACCGCCCCUUCUCUCUCAUCAAUAUUUGAUUGUUUCAUAUUGGUUUAGCCCAAUAUUUAGUUUCCCAUACCUUUAUUGUACAAAAAAACUACUGAAGGUUUUGUAGAGCAGUUUACUAAAACACAGCAAAAAUGUGAUAAAGAGCUGUUAAUGUAGUAUAUGAAUUAUGUACUUUUCAUAUAUAUUAUAUUUGUGUAUGAUAGAUUUGUUCAAAUUGAAUAAAUGACUGUUGUUUCCAUGUAUAGUAUCCUGAGUUGU